UCAGUCCAGAAGCUAUCUACCCGAUCAACCAAGAAAGAAGAGCAGCAGAGCCAUGUUUAAUCAACCGUGAGCUCCCAUCCGCAUCAUCUCAUCAAGGUCGACUGAUGGCGUUUCUGGGAGGAUCAUUGGGCGUGACAAGGAGCAUCGGCAGCCGGAAGAUGAUGGAGGGGAAGAGCCACGGCAGGUCGGGGUCGUGGAGGCAGGCGCCGACGCCUAUGAGGCAGCUGUUCUGGAGGUUGAGGCGCGCCGUGCUGCGGCCGAAACACCGCGCCGUGAGUUUCGGGUACGACCACAAGAGCUACUCCCAGAACUUCGACGACGGCCUCGUCCCUGCCCACCGCCUCUAGUGACAGACACUUCCAGGGUCCUCUUCUUCUUCUUAAUUUACUCGCCGCCCGGCCGGACCACGGCUCGGGGCUGGAGAGUUUGAAGCAUGGUUACCUUGUACAGCACAGAGUUUGAUGUGUACUGUAGUAUAGACAUUACUGUUCAAACACAAGUUGCUUAGUGUUGAAAGUCUGAAACUACCAAUGAAAUGACACACACAGUGUAUCUAAUGUGUUUCCUUCUAUGUAGUCACAGUGGAAUAGUAGGAUCUAAACUAUUUCUGUUUAUGUCGCGAGCGCUAGAAUACACUCU